CCCCGUAUAAACCCUAGGCAUCUACCUCCCUUGACUGAAGAGGUUCGUUUGCGGCUAAAUGUUGAUGUUACUGCUGCACCAGAUUCUGCUCCUAUACCUGCGCCAAUUGAAUCAUUUACAGAUAUGUGUUUGCACGAAAGUAUCAUGAAAGAUAUAGAGUUUCACAAGUACUCUAGACCGACCUCUAUUCAGGCCCAAGCUAUACCAGUUGCUCUUAAUGGAAGGGAUCUUUUGGGUUGUGCAGAGACUGGCAGUGGGAAAACUGCUGCUUUUGUUAUUCCAAUGAUCCAGCAUUGCUUAGCCCGGUCUUCUGUUCGGCGAGGUGAUGGUCCUCUUGUAUUAGUAUUGGCACCUACCAGAGAACAUGCCCAACAGAUAGAGAAAGAGGUUAAGGCCUUCAGUAGAUCCCUGGAGUCCUUCAGAACAGCUCUUGUUGUGGGUAGAACAAAUAUGGCAGAGCAGAGGUCUGAGUUGCGAGCAGGAGUAAAUAUUGUGGUUGCCACACCUGGAAGAUUGAUUGACCAUUUGCAACAAGGGAACACCUGCGUCUCCAGGAUCUCAUUCGUUGUUUUGGAUGAGGCUGACAAAAUGUUGGACAUGGGGUUUGAGCCACAGAUAAGAGAGGUGAUGCGGAAUAUUUCCACAAAGCACCAGAUGUUGAUUUUUAGUGCAACUACUCCAGUAGAAAUUGAUGCCCUAGCACAGAAGUACCUUACUGACCCAGUGCAAGUAAUGGUUGGAAAGGCAAGUAGCCCAACAACAAAUGUGCCUCAAAUGCUGCAGAAGGCUCCGGAGAGUGAGAAGGUGAAUACGGAGGAUUCUUAUUAAAUUAUGAUUCGACAAUAUAUCAUACUAUGGCAAAACAUGGAAGGAGAACAAACACAGCUGAAUUGAUGAAUGAUGUAUCAUGCUUUUAGCUUUGCCAAACACAGCUGAAUUGAUGAAUGAUGUAUCAUGCUUUUAGCUUUGCCAAACACAGCUGAAUUCAUGAAUGAUGUAUCAUGCUUUUAGCUUUGCGUGGUGAUAGUUAGAUGGGUGUAAUGGUAAGUUAUUGAAUUAUUGGUUGACUUUUAUUUAAUGCAUGUAUUUGUUUC